GGCUCCCUCUUAGACUCUCCUGCUGUAAUACAUGCUUCUAGAAACUUCUUUCUUCCCAGAAAAUCAGAAAAUCCUCCUACCAGGGAGACUGGGGUCCUAGUGACCUGGUGAAUCCUCGAAUCUCCUUGUGUGGCUCCUGGCCCUCUUUAGGAUUCAUGUCCACUGGCCUGAGGCUAGAGAUGGCCACUUCAUCCCACAGAGGAGCAGCUGGAGGAAGCCAGGUGGAGCGCAGAAGUUGUGAGACAUCGAUAGGACAGGGGGAAGGACCAAGCACCAGCCGGGACCAGGAGGAUAAUUUCACGCGGAGCCAGGGAACAUCCACACUGCGGCUCCUGAUGUUAGGGAAACACGGCGCAGGCAAAAGCGCCACAGCAAACACCAUUCUGGGUAAGGCCGUGUUCGAGUCCAAGUUCAGUGAUCACGUGGUCACCACCCAGUGCCAGAGUGAGAGUGUGUCCCUGAAAGGGGAGCAGCGGGUCAUUGUCAUCGACACCCCGGAUCUUUUCUCCUCCCUGGCCUGUGAGGAGGUCAGGCAGCGAAGCCUGAAGCAGUGCUUGGAGCUGCUGACGGCUGAUGGACUCCAAGUGCUGCUCCUGGUCACUCCCAUUGGCCACUACACACAGGAGGACAGGGACACCAUUGAGGGCAUCCAGGGUGUGUUUGGCCCUAACGCCUACCGUCACAUGAUCGUGGUCUUCACCCGGGAAGAUGAGCUGGGUGAAGACUCGCUGAAGGACUUCAUCAUAAGCAAGAGCUCUCUUAAGGCGUUGCUUGAAAACAUUGGAGGGCGAUACUGUGCUUUCAACAACAAGGCAGCCAAGGAGCAGCGGGAACAGCAGGUGUUCCGGCUCCUCGAUAUGAUUAAGCAGUUGAUGGUGGAAAGCCCGGGGUGUCUUGUGCCCUUGAAAGUGAAAGACAAUGGAGUCCAGGGUUGUGGGAGUAGAGCUCCAUAUGAGGAAGGAGACAAUCUGUGUGGUCCAGAGAAGAAACAGCCUCAUAUUACAGGACCUGAUCAGGACGUAGAGAUGCCAGAACUGAGAGUCCUCCUCAUGGGGAAGCGUGGUGUUGGGAAAAGUGCAGCAGGAAACAGCAUUCUGGGGAAGCGGCCCUUUAAGAUUCAACUCAGUGAGCAGGGGGUCACCAAGGACUUUACAUGCCACAGCAGGGUCUGGAAAGGGAAGAAAGUUCUGGUCAUUGAUUCUCCAGAGAUCUCAUCAUGGAGGCCUGAUGCAGCUGAUAUCAAGAAGCACACCUUUCCAGGUCCCCAUGCCCUCCUCCUGGUGACACCACUGAACUCUUUGAUAAAGAGUGAUGACAAAAUGUUCAGCCAGGUCAAAUGCAUCUUUGGAGAAAAAUUCACCAAGUUCACAAUUAUCCUCUUUACCAGAAAAGAAGAUUUGGAGGGUCAGGAGCUAGAAGAAUUUAUAGAGAAAAAUAGUGAUCUCCACAAUCUCACUGUGAAAUUUGGAAAAAGAUACACGGCUUUCAACUAUCGGGCAACCGGGGAGGAGGAGCAGAGGCAGGUGGACAAACUCCUGGGCCAAGUGGAGAGCAUGGUGCAGCACAACAGCAACCGCCCCUGCAUCUUCCGAGAGAAAGAACUCUUGAACAUCAUCCUCGUAGGAAGGAGUGGGACCGGAAAGAGUGCAACUGGGAACACGAUCUUGGGGAGACCUGCCUUCCUGUCUCAACUCGGAGCUCAGCCUGUCACCAGUAGAAGCCAGAGUGGCAGGAGGACAGUGGACUGGCAGGAUAUUGUGGUUGUGGACACUCCAUCAUUCAGCCAGUUGCCUGAGAUUCAAAAGGACCCUUCCAGGAUAGAGGAGGAGGUCAAACACUGUUUGUCUCUCUGUGAAGAAGGAAUGAAGGUUUUCGUCCUGGUAGUCCAGCUGGGUCGGUUCACCCACGAAGAUGAGGCAGCAGUGGAGCAACUGGAGGCCAUUUUUAAGGAAAAAAUUAUGAUUGUGCUGUUUACACGGAAGGAGGAUCUAGGGGAUGGGAACAUUCGUGACUAUACUAAUAAUACAAAGAACAAAGCCCUUAAAAAAAUACUUAAAAAGUGUAAGGGGCAAAUUUGUGCUUUUAAUAACAAAGAAACUGGUCAAGACAGGGAGACCCAGGUGAAAGAUCUGUUGACAAUAGCCAAUAAUCUCAGACAGAACUAUGGUGAGCAUUCAUAUUCAAGGGUGGUUUUGGACCAGUUUAAAACAGUAGGCCAACAAAUUUCUAGGCUUUUUUAAAAUAAUGAGCUCAAGCGAGCAAUUAAAAGGUCUGGGGACACAGGGAUGCCAUCGGACAGA